CAACAAAAGUAAAAAGCAACAAUGGAGAGAGCGAGUCAGCAGGCGGUGCAAAAGUUUAUUCCGAUUAUUCCGAUUUUUGUCAAACCUAGCGGGCAGCGUCUUCGCGUGUUCGUUCGUCCAAUUCCGCGGCUCUGGCGAGUAUUUGGAUUUGGUUUUUUAUAGACCUCUCCCUUGCCUCUUCCGCCCCACGCGUGUGUGGCCACAAAAACAGAAACAGAAAUAACAAUAACUGAGAAAAAAGAGAGCGGCAGCCAAAAGUGCUUGGAAUUUGCAUAAUUUCGGGUCUUUCUUUCGUUCUGUGCUCGAAAUUGUAUAACAGAGGAGAGGAGAGAGGGAGGAGGACGGCCAGACGAGGCUUCUAGUCCUCCCCUCAACCCCACAAAUGGCAAACGCAGCCCCGCGCUGCCGGCGUCGCUCUCAGCAUCAUAGUCGUCGUGGUGUCGUCCGGGGAUGCAGCAGCAACCACAAAUCUGCAGCAGCUGACGCUUGAAUCUGAGUCCCACCCUAGGAGAACCGUGCCCAGUGCCGCAUAAUGCCAAGUGCCUAUUACGCGCCACUCGACCAGCCACAAACAUCGAGCGACGACGACGAGGAGGAGGACAUCGAAAGGCAUCAACAGCAGCAGCAAAAUAAGCGACACCAGCGGCGCCCCAAGGGUGCCGCACCCUCUAUACCGUUCCUAAAAGCCCAUCCCCAUUCGCCCAUGGCCCACCUUCGCGGUUCCAGUGGUGUUGUGGGUGGCAGGCGCCGUUGCCUGCUGCCCCUCUUGGGGGCCCUGCUCUUCCUCAUCGCCUUCUGCUACUUCACCCUCGGAGUGGACACGCGACUCGCCCUGGGACUGGGCGGUGGCGGGGGCGCCUCCGAUGACUCCGAUGAUGGAAUGCACAGCCUAGGUAAGCGCUCCCAAUCCCGCGCCCUAUCCCGCUUCCGGGUGAUAGCCAGCCAACGCAAGACAAUGCCCGUAGACGAUGCUCAAAACCUUCUCCAGAUCGAAAUGACACGAAAUCGAAAAGAUUCAAGAAUCCGCAAUCCACAUAGAACAUAUGGCAUCCUCUCUCGUGCUCUCAAUGAGACCCUCCACCUCUGCAGCGAGGGCCUCUUGGAUCGACGGCUGUACGUGCAGGACAAACCGAUGGAACAGUACGGACACCUGCCCAUCAUUUACUUUGUGACGCCCACGUAUCCGCGCAGGGAGCAGAUCCCGGAGCUUACGCGCCUCGCCCACACCCUGCUCCAUGUGCCACGCCUCCAUUGGCUGGUGGCCAACGAUCAGGAGGGAUGCAACAUGUUUAUGGAUAUGAUGCUCAAGAAAUUCGGCAUCCCGUACACUCAUCUGGCGAGUCCCAUGCCCAGCAAUUUCCGCAAGGCAAAGCCUGCCCCAAGGGGCGUGGCCAAUCGGCGGGCCGCCCUGCAGUGGCUGCGGCAGCGUAACCUCACGAACGGCAUCCUCUACUUCGGGGACGACGACAACACCUACGACCUGCGGCUCUUCUCCGAGAUCCGUCAGACGCAGCGGGUGUCCAUGUUCCCCGUGGGCUUCAUCGCGGACUACGGCGUCAGUGGUCCGGUGGUGCGGAAGGGCAAGGUGGUGGCCUUCCUGGACUCGUGGCUCGCGGGCAGACGCUGGCCCGUGGACAUGGCCGGAUUCGCGGUGAAUCUCGAGUACAUGGCCCAGUUCCCGUAUGUGAAUAUGCCGUACAAGCCGGGCUUUGAGGAGGAUCGCUUCCUGCGGAGCAUCGGCCUGAGGCUCGACCAUAUCGAGCCGCGUGGCAACAACUGCACGGAGAUUCUCGUGUGGCACACGCAAACGAAGAACAAGAAGGCGGCGGUGGUGCGACUGGAGAGCGAGUAUCUCGACGGGCGAUCCAAUCUGGGGGCACUCUUUCGCUCGUUAAAGAUAAUGGGGGUGGCAAGUGCCUCGGACACGGAAGGUCCCAAGGCGCUGAUCAGCAAGAAUGGCAAGGCUGCGGCUCACUCGACAAUCCUGAGCUGAGGAUCCCUCGCAUCCCACAGACACGCCACGCCACGCCACUCGAUGGAAUAAUACUCGUCAUUCAGGAACGAUUCACAACUGAAUGAAGCUCGAAUGUAGGAAAUGCUAACGCUCCUGCUCGUGCUCUCUCUCUCUCUCUCUCGAUCUUCUGUUGCUGCACAAUUUCUACCGCCCCUUCCCACUGAUUGUUAAUUAGUUUUGUAGAUACUCUCUCUUCUCUCUCUUUCUGCGUAUGUCUGUGUGUGCUCUCUCUUCCUUUCUCGUGAUAAUCAAAUAAGAAAGACAGACAGGUCGGUCUCUCCAUCUCCCACUCCCUCUCUCUCACGUUUCUUCUUUCUCAGCAAAGACAAUGUUUAGAAAUCACUUAAGUUAGUCGCAUGGUUACUACAUGUAUUAGCGUAUUAGUUAGUGGCUGCUUGUAGGUUGUAUCCCCAGAUAAAAGAUGUGCCCCACAUAUCAUAGAAGAGUUCUCCCCUCUCCUUGCUCCCCUCAUCCGAUCGAAUCAGUUCGCAUUUCGCAUCAUAUAUUGUGGGGGAAGGGCUUUAGGUUUACGCAAAUGUCGGAUCUACGUCAUUAAUAUAUAUAUAUAUGUAUGUACGUGUAUAGGUGUAAGCAUACCCUGUAAAAUCCCUCGUGACAGAGUGGGGAAACGGCAGCCCCAAAUACAAUAAAUGCUACGUUUUUUAAAGCUUUCUCCAACAAA